GUUAAUAUGAUUAUUAAAUAAAGUUCAUAAAUUUUCCAUUUUAGUAUAGUUAAUUCGAAAAUUUAGUUUUAAAAUAUAUUGUGAUUUGUUAUUUAUGGAUAGUAACAAGAUGUGCUUUAUAUAGUAAAUUUACUUUAUAACAACGAACAAAAACUUAUAUUACUGUAAAAGUGAAUUAAAACUAUAUUAACAAAUACAUAAUUUUUUUUUUUUUAUCAUUUAGUGAUAAUUAGUUAUCUCACGGUUGAUAAAAUGUGUUGUUUACGUUGCCGUAUCGCUACAAUAUAUGGCAGAAAGAAAUAAAUGAGUGAUGUGGGCGAAAGACCGAAGACUCGAAGACCGGUGCGAAGGCAAAGGUCUAUUUAUCAGGUGCAUUACAGUCUCCGCCCGAGAGAGGACGAGAUGAUGGCCAAGCCGCUCGCCAUGCCGUCGGGCCCGCUGCAGGUGCACGCCUUCGAGCUGCAAGUCGCUGGACACAAGAAUGACAAGACCGACACGCGGUACAUGGGAUUACUCCAAUGUAGCAACGGCAGAGUCCUCAAACCAAUCAUAAAGGAAUGCCAGAAGCGAGAAGUAGAUUUCUAUUCCCGGGUGUGGUCUUCCAAUGAUCCAGAUCUGGUGGAACUUAGGAAGUACAUCCCAAAGUAUUACGGCUGCAAGAAGUUCACUUACAAUGGAUACGAACAGGAGUACAUCAUGCUAGAAGAUUUAACAGAGAGGAUGCUGGAACCGUGUAUUAUGGAUGUGAAAAUUGGCAGAAGAACAUGGGAUCCGCUCGCAACAGAAGAGAAGAUUAAGAAAGAACAAAGCAAGUACAAACAAUGUAAAGAAGAAUAUGGUUUCUGCAUACCCGGCUACCAAGUGUACAAGCUAGCCACGGGUAAGCUGCAGAAGUACAACAAGGACUACGGAAAGAAAUUACAUGGGACCAUGGUUAGGACAGCCGUGAAGAACUUCCUGAACGGCGGGGGCGGCGGGGGCGGCGCGGGGGGUGCGGGCGGCGCGGUGUGCCGCGCGCUGCUGCUGCAGCUGCUGGCGGCGCUGUGGGCGCUGCAGCGCUGGGCGGCGCGCGCGCGGCCGCUGUCGCUGUUCGCCGCGUCGCUGCUGCUCGUGUACGACGCCGCCCGCCUGCGCGCCUGCUGCGACGAGCCGCCCGCAUCACGUAUGCAAUGUCGCCAGCCGUCGAUACCCCGGAGAAAAUCGAUUCAUUCGAUGCACAGUCCCGUGGCGGGUUCCAACUUUAGCGGUCAGAUCUCCUCCAAGGGCCCCGUUUACAGAAAAGUCAAUUCCGUCCCCAUAUCUCCGAUGAGUCUCACCAGGGAGUCCUUCUCCUCGCCUCCCCCGAUCAGGUCUCCUUGGACCGAGGCCCUGGAGAAGCUGAACAACAGCCACUCCUUCGAGCAUAAUUACGAAGACAAAUUGUCGAAGAUCAAAAUGAACUACAGGGCGUUGUUGGAUCAGCUGUCGAGCGACUCCCCGAACCCGAACCCGUGGGGGACCGUGAAGAUAAUAGACUUCGUGCACGCUUUCUUCAAUGACGAGGACGAAGCAAAAGUUGACACUAAUUUCAGAGACGGAAUAGACAGCUUAGUUGAAAUAUUUGAAUCUUUAUUGAGAGAGACCGACGAUCAGGUUUUCUGAUAAUAAUUUUCCUUGUUACCGAUUUAUCGGGACGAAGGGUAAAACGCCAUGAUAUUUACUUGUGGCAUAAAAAUAUCCGACGUCAAAUAUACUAAAUGACUAAAACCGACUGGUUUUGUGAUGCAAACCUUGAAUAAUAUAUAUUAAUAGGCAUUUAUUAAAAUUAUUUUAGGGUCAUUUUUCAUUAUGUGAUAACAUAUAAGUUAUCUGUGCUCCAAGAUAUAUUCAAAUAAUGGUUUAUUUUAAAUGUCUUCGUUGUGCCAAAUUUAUUUGUACAGUAUUGUUCGAAAAUAAUCCUAUAAAUGAAAAAAAUGUGCCAAUUUUAUUCAUAAUUAAUUUUCUAAAUGACAGAGAAAUGUCUCAGAUUAUAUUUUAUAACUGUUGCUACAUAUUAAGUUGUAUUUCUUUGUAAAUAUUAUUUUUUAAUAAUUAAGCCAUCCUUUCUCAAACUUUUAAAAACGUGACCAUGACAUUCAGCCACACGUGCAGCCGCUGUCCUCCAGCCUGCACGGGAGCAGCGUCGUUGAUUUGUCUAGUGGUGACCAUUUACUAGCGGUUACUUACUUAUGGUUCUUAUAGAACGGAAGCGCACGAUGCUAAAUGCGGAUUUACUCGAGCGUUGAACCUUUGGUUAUUGAAGUUUAGAGGGUAGAAAAGAAAAGGUUAUAUGAUGUAUAUAUUUUUUUACUAUUCUGGUCGGCUGUCCUUUGGUGGAGGUAAACAGGGUGCAAGAUGCACCCUUAUGUUAAUCUGCACCCUUGAGUAAAUCCCAAAAUCCCCGAUGAGUUCCAACACUGGGUUUUUAUUGACAUAUUCGUGACAAUGAGUUUGAGAAACGAUAAAUUAAGGUAUAUGGCGUUGUUAUUUAAAUAAAACAAUUGUAUAUUUAUAAAAAUCAGUACUUAAUAUUGUAAUUUGUUUUAAUAAAAGAGGUGAUAUUUCGCUUUCG